AUGGUGGCGACUGAUGUGGCAUAUCUCUCUGUAUACCAGUUAUCAAUUUACAAUCGCACAAGUUCUCGAUUAAUUGCGAUUAAUAAACUGCAGCGGUUCAUCUGUGAUAAGAAACAAAACAGUGGUACUGAAAUUUCUUACAAUGACAAGUGUUUCAUUCAAAACUGCAAUGAAAAUAAUAUGUCUCCGUCUGUCUUAUGUUAACAUAGAAAUUAGGAAAUUCAUAAAAUAAGGAUUGAAUGUCCACGGGACUGACAUAGUCUAUGGCUCACUGAGAAGAUUUAGAAGUCAGGAAAUGUAAAAGACUGAAAAAUUAACAAAACUUGACAUUGUGUUUUGAUUCCACUUGAAUACAAAAGGUUUGCCUUUACAAAUUGAAUUAUAAUCACACCAAACACUGAACACCUGAUUUGUCGUUACUCACGAUCCCUCCGAUGUGAUUGGCGAAAAAAAGUGAUCAUAAAACACGGUCAUUAAUUAACUCGCAAGAAAAAACCCGUUUUCAAAAGAGCAUGAGCCGGACUGAAGAGGAAGUUUAAGAAAGUACUAAAGAGUUAUCAACCGUUGAGAAUUUGAUUCUUUCUUGAGUGCUAGACGUGAUACUGAAACGGUCGAACACAAUGAUUUUUUUCCUCAAAGCUCUACUGUGCGCUUUUUUGGUGAAGGCCAUUGCAAAAUCAGCGGUUCCCACAAAAAGUGGUACUGAUGCUAGAAAACCACAGUGUAACGUGAACAACUACUUUUAUGCCGGACCGAAUACUAAGAAGAUCGAACAACAACUGGCCCAAAUCAGAGAAGAAAUCAAGGCGCUCAAAGAAAACCGAACUGGUGGUGGCGGAUCUAGCGGCAAAGGUAUUUCUUUGAACAUCCCUCUUUUCACUGUCUUGUAGCGCUCUGAUCCUAGCGAUUCAGUACUUUCUUUUAAGCGCGCUUAUCGUCUGCAAACUAUUGAUCAGUUGUGUUUCGGUUCACGGCUUAACAGCAGCGCGGAAGUUUUACGACUUAAACGGCCUACUCGCUGAUGGGCAAGCGAAGCAAGUGCCAAUGUGUGCGUACAUUCAUCUUAAAUUGGUCUUUAUUAGCCUCGGUUCAACGAGGGUCGUUUUAAACUUUAGGAUGAGUAAGUAAAGCCCACUAUUUCAUAUCCACUGUCGAAAAGAAGAGCCCUAAACCAUCAGCAAGAUAAUAAUAAGCUGUUCAUAAAUUUGCGUAUAAGUAUCAGGCAAUAAGUUUGAGUAUAGGACUGUCAUAUCAUCAUAUCACUAGUACAAGUGGCUCCUGCGGAAAUUCACACGAAUUCGAGUUUCAUUUACAAUUUUCCUUUUCCAGUAGUCGUAAGUGUUACACUGGUCGUUCUAUUUUUAGUUUACAAGAACUGUGCCGAAAUUUACCAGUUCGGUAUAAAGAUCAAUGGAGUGUACAAAAUCAAUCCUGAUGGUUUGGGCGAAUUUGAAGUGUACUGUGAUCAGAAAACUGCUGGCGGAGGUUGGACAGUGUUCCAGAAGAGGCAAGAUGGCUCUGUGGAUUUUUACCGCCCUUGGGAUGACUACAAAAGGGAAUUCGGGAAUCUGAACGGCGAGUUUUGGCUCGGAUUGGACAAGAUUCAUCGGCUGACUGUAAGCGGCAGUUACAAGCUUCGCGUGGACGUAGAAGAUCUUCAAGGCAGUACAGCAUUUGCAGAGUACAGCUCAUUCGCCGUGACGAGCGAGAGGGUAAAAUAUAAACUAAGUUUGGGAAGCUAUUCAGGUACUUUAUGACACCCCGGUUUGUGAUUUCAAGCCUAAUAAAUCGAACAUGAAGCUCAAGACGAGUUUUGGUAAAUACGCACCAUGCAAUGUAAUUUGAGUUUGAGGCCUUCUCACCUUCGUUCUUCCCUCCCCUUCGGUCCUCUUUGCUAGAAAAGCCUCGGUGCCCUACCCGAGCUACAUGCUAUAAUGCAAUAAAUUCGGCCGAACCUGCUGUAUCAGUGUGAGAAAACAAGCGUUCUAUAACUUCUAUAGCUCGUUAAACUAUUAUCUAGAUCAUAUUGAAGAGAUGAUUACUUUGCUUGGACAGCAAACCGCUUAAUCAAACACCUUGCGAGCAACGCAUAUGAAAAACUAGGACGAUUUAAUUCACGGUGGUGUUGUUGUCUGAUCGUUUUUUUAAGGUACUGCUGGAGAUUCCCUUGCGUCUCACAGAGGAUAUCCAUUUACCACCAAAGAUCGUGAUAAUGACAGCGACAGUGGUAACUGUGCAGUGAAAUAUAAAGGCGCCUGGUGGUACAAUAGUUGCUACAACUCCAACCUGAAUGGUUUGUAUCUGCACGGCAAGGUCAACGAUCAAGGAAUGGUGUGGUACCAUUGGAAAAAAAACAACUACUCUGUGAAGAAAUCUGAGAUGAAGAUACGUCCAAAGGAUUUUUAAGAUUCAAUUACGUCGUUUCUUUCGGUAAACCAACCAUGUAUACGAGGGACGUUAAAUAGAGUGUAAUCAGGUGUAAUGCUGAAAGGGUACUUUGCUUUAAACGUUAUUGUAAUCGCGCUGAGCUUUUACAGACUAUCAGAUAGUGUUUGAAAAUCUCAUUUAGUUAACAGUUACGAAGGCUCAGUAAGCUCUACGUUGCACAAGGGUCCAUCUAAGUUGAACCGUGAAAGUGGAUGACGAAACUUUUCCGUGAAAACCACUGAGUGAAACAAAUAACUACAGGCACUUCUGAUCAUUUCCUUCACUUUAAACUUGCGGAUUGUGAGAAAGGUGUGCAUUGCUUGAUAUCUAUCAGUUCAGAAAUGAAAUUAUCAAACUUAUCAGCUAGAAUAAUAUAAAACAGGUUGUAAGGCUACCGCAAAAAGGGAGUAAUAAAGUUGUUACUAAGAUGUAGAAUUUUGUGUGUGUGUUGCUAAGUUAAAGUAACAUUCCGGUAUUUCUUUGACUGUGUAACAUGUUUUAAAAACUGUAGUUUUAACAGUACGAGGAGCAUUAGGAGACUCGUAAGCCUCUAGUGUUUCCCGAAAUUGGGUCUUACAGAUAAAAAUCAUGAUCUUUUAAAACACGUGACAUCAAUUUUUCGAAAAACCAAAGGCCGAGGGAUGACUUGAAUGUUUGUACCAAUGGGGUGUACAACAAACGCAUAUCUUGAAUACACAAUAGCAGCGUAUAUUUAAUCCAACCAAUAAAGCAGUAGAUAAAACUGGAAAAACAGUUAUUUACAGCGUAGGUUGUACCCCCCGCCUAAAACAUCGAUGUAUUUGUUUCAUAAACUGUGUAGUUAACGGAAAGUUUUCCAUUUAUAAACCAUCCUAUAUCAGCCAUUUCUGAAAAUCCUGGUUGUUCAAGAUGGAUAUUGCUAUCAACCAGCUAAGUAUAGAGAAACCAAUUGCGCUAGCUAUCCAGUGGUUAAGGUGGUUUCUUUAACCUUACUUUUCAACUUUCUUCGUGGAAUUUGAGAAUACGAUUCAAAAAUUCCGAUUUAGUUUUGACCCUAUUUAAGCCACCGAAAACAAUGUUCCAAGUGAAAAGAAGUUGUUGACUUGCAAUUUCCACAGAAAAUUGCCCAGCAAUUUUUUAACCACUUUAAUUUCUUCAUAUCAUUUCCUCGGAGGCGAUCGACGUAAUUGGACUCCAGGUCAAAUUACAACUGAAUUAAACCGAUCAGGUGACGAAUUACAAACUAUAAGUAACAUGAUACUCAUUUAACUGCUUUGAGCAACCAUGAUAACUUAACGCGAACACGUGAGAGACUCAUUGAUCUCACGCCCCGCACAGUUAUCCGUCCCUGGUGCUUUAUGCCUGUGUUGGCUAUCCUGUGGUAACUCGAGUUGAACUGGGAUCUGUUAGGUUGUUACCUUGGUAACCCCCUUAUUUUGUUUAAUUUUUUUUUCAAUUCCAUACCAAUGUAAUGGGUUCGUUUUCGUGUGGUGAAGGAGUAACCAUAUUUGAAGGCCAACAGGAGGAGCCGCUAGGGAGGAAGAGGAAGUAAUCUCUCUGGUGUAUGCAGCUUUUUUUCGUCUUCACGUUGCGUGAAAAUCGAAAGAAAGAUGACUGCGUAUGAGACGAAGAAAGAAGUUUAAUGUCUAUGUGUUUGUAACGACAACAAUCGCGACCUGAAUGAAUGGCAAUUUACAUGAACCAACAUAAUGUCCGUAAACUUGUCAGACUUUUGACCAUGCAACCGCCUUUAAUUGUUGGAUGAUUUGCAGAUCAUUUUGUGCUUGAUUCGUGAGCAGAUUCAAUAAGUUUGCCGACCAAUAAACAUUUCCAAGAGCUAUCAAGGGAAGUCAUAUCUGGGGAGGGUACUCAGUCAUUAUGUAUUUCCUUUUCCUCCCUAGUCUGCCACGCAGCCCAUUUUUUGAGUCGAUCCUCGCGCAAUACGACGACAGAAAAAAGAGCUGCAUAGGAGACUACUUCCUCCGUACCUCUCCACUUGUCCCCUUUAAUUAUUGUUUCUCUUUUCAGAAUAAAUCAAACCCAUGAAUCGAAUUCAGGAAAAAUUUGAGCAAGUGUAUAAUAUGAGGAGCCUUAAAUCCUGAUAAUAUACUAAAAAUUGACACAGUUUGAUCCAUUUAAGGUUGCUACAAUUUGUUUAAACCUCUGGUAAAAAUUCAUCCACAUAAAUUAAGGGUGGUCCACGGGUGUAGUCCAUGGACCGGGUCCACGUGGAGGUCCAUGAACUAGGUCCACAGAGGUGGUCCAUGGACCGGGGGUCCAUAUUCAAGGUCACCGUCAGCCUCGCUUCCAUUCAUAACUGUAAUAUGGCCUAUUCCCAGUAUAAUAGGAAGGUCUAAAUCGCUGGCAAGUUUCCCGGCCUCCCCUUCUGAAUUUUCUGGAUCCACUCCUGCAGUUUUCUAUGACCGUGUAAAUUCUGAGCUUGUAACAUGGUUUUAGCCUAGGAAACAAUAAAUGAGGGCUUCCUGGUGGACACUGUUUUGCAGUUAAGCACUUCGCUUUGUUUUCUUAUAGAAAGCUAAUUCUAUAAAAAUAUCAAAAAACUGAUUAAAAUGACAUGGAAGAUUAGAACGUAUCCCUGAAGGAGACGAGUCCAGGAACGUCUCAGGCCACAUUUUAAGGGUAGUAGAGACGAGGUUAUCAAUUCGCACAAAAUCAACAAGAUAAUGCGUUACUCUGUAACGCCUGAAAUUGUAAGUAGUUUAAAAUUCAACAUGAGUAAUGACUCUGACUUACAAAUAUUGACAUGGCGGCGACUGAUGUGGCAUAUAUCUCUGCAUACCAGUUGUCAAUUUACAAUCGCACAAGUUCUCGAUUAAUUGCGAUUAAUAAACUGCAGCGGUUCAUCUGUGAUAAGAAACAAAACAGUGGUACUGAAAUUUCUUACAAUGACGAGUGUUUCAUUCAAAACUGCAAUGAAAAUAAUAUGUUCCCCUCUGUGUCAUGUUAACAUAGAAAUCAGGAAAUUCAUAAAAUACGGAUUGAAUGUCCACGGGACUGACAUAGUCUAUGGCUCACUGGAAAGAUUUGGAAGUCAGGAAAUUUAAAAGACUGAAAAAUUAACAAAACUUGACAUUGUGUUUUGAUUCCGCUUGAAUACAAGAGGUUUGCCUUUACAAAUUGAAUUAUAUUCACACCAAACACUGGACAACUGAUUUGUCGUUACUCACGAUCCCUCCGAUGUGAUUGGCGAAAAAAAGUGAUCAUAAAACACGGUCAUUAAUAAGCUAGCGAGAAAAAACCCGUUUUCAAAAGAGCAUGAGCCGGACUGAACAGGAAGUUUAAGAAAGUACUAAAGAGUUAUCAACCAUUGAGAAUUUGAUUCUUUCUUGAGUGCUAGACGUGAUACUGAAACGGUCGAACACAAUGAAUUUUUUCCUCAAAGCUCUACUGUGCGCUUUUUUGGUGAAGGCCAUUGCAAAAUCAGCGGUUCCCACAAAAAGUGGUACUGAUGCUAGAAAACCACAGUGUAACGUAAACAACUACUUUUAUGCCGGACCGAAUACUAAGAAGAUCGAACAACAACUGGCUGAAAUCAGAGACGAAAUCAAGGCCCUCAAAGAAAACCGAACUGGUGGUGGCGGUUCUAGCGGCAAAGGUAUUUCUUUGAACAUCCUUCUUUUCACUGUCUUUUAGCGCUCUGAUCCUAGCGAUUCAGUACUUUCUUUUAAGCGCGCUUAUCGUCUCCAAACGAUUGAUCAGUUGUGUUUCGGUUCACGGCUUAAUAACAGCAGCCUGGAGGUUUUACGACUUAAACGGCCCACUCGCUGAUGGGCAAGCGAAGCAAGUGCCAAUGAGUGCGUACAUUCAUCUUAAAUUGGUCUUUAUUAGCCCCGGUUCAACGAGGGUCGUUUUAAACUUUAGGAUGAGUAAGUAAAGCUCACUAUUCCAUAUCCACAGUCGAAAAGAAGAGCCCUAAACCAUCAGCAAGAGAAUAAUAAGCUGUUCAUAAAUUUACGUAUAAGCGUCAGGCAAUAAGUUUGAAUAUAGGACUCUCAUAUCAUCAUAUCACUAGUACAAGUGGCUCCUGCGGAAAUUCACUCGAAUCCGAGUUUCAUUUAUAAUUUUCCUUUUCCAGUAGUCGUAAGUGUUACACUGGUCGUUCUAUUUUCAGUUUACAAGAACUGUGCCGAAAUUUACCAGUUCGGUAUAAAGAUCAAUGGAGUGUACAAAAUCAAUCCUGAUGGUUUGGGCGAAUUUGAAGUGUACUGUGAUCAGAAAACUGCUGGCGGAGGUUGGACAGUGUUCCAGAAGAGGCAAGAUGGCUCUGUGGAUUUUUACCGCCCUUGGGAUGACUGCAAAAGGGGAUUCGGGAAUCUGAACGGCGAGUUUUGGCUUGGACUGGACAAAAUUCAUCGUCUGACUGUAAGCGGCAGUUACAAGCUUCGCGUGGACGUAGAAGAUCUUCAUGGCAGUACAGCAUUUGCACAGUACAGUUCAUUUGCUGUGACAAGUGAAAGGGCGAAAUACCAAUUGAGUUUGGGAAGCUAUUCAGGUACGUUAUGACACCCCGGUUUGUGAUUUCAAGCCUAAUAAAUUGAACAUGAAGCUCAAGACGAGUUUUGGUUAAUACGCACCAUAAACAUAUAAAAUCCGAGUUUGAGGUCUUCUCACCUUCGUUCUUCCCUCCCCUUCAGUCCUCUUUACUAGAAAAGCCUCGGUGCCCUACCCGAGCUACAUGCUAUAAUGCAAUAAAUUCGGCCGAACCUGCUGUGUCAGUAUGAGAAAACAAGCGUUUUAUAACUUCUAUAGCUCGUAAAACUAUUAUCUAGGUCAUAUUGCACAGAUGAUUACUUUGCUUGGACAGCAAACUGCUUAAUCAAACAACUAGCAAGCAACUCAUUUGAAAAACUAGAACGAUAUAAUUCACGGUGUUGUUGUUGUCUGAUCGUUUUUUUAAGGUACCGCUGGAGAUUCCCUCGCGUAUCACAGAGGAUAUCCAUUUACCACCAAAGAUCAUGACAAUGACAGCAGCGGAAGCACUAACUGUGCCGUGACAUGUAAAGGCGCCUGGUGGUACAAUAAUUGCCACUACUCCAACCUGAAUGGUUUGUAUCUUCACGGCAAGGUCAAUGAUCAAGGAAUUUCGUGGUACCAUUGGAAAAAAAACUACUACUCUGUGAAGAGAUCUGAGAUGAAGAUACGUCCAAAGGAUUUUUAA